AUGCCGACGGCGCGCUACAGCGUCGUCUUCGGCUCCGCGGCGAUCGACACGACGGUCACCAGCGACGCCGCGGCCGCCGACGAGUGGGUGCGCCGCGUCCGCGCAGCGGGCGGGGGCGGGGGUGGUGGCCUCCUCCUCGGCCUCGACUGCGAGUGGAAGCCCUGCGACCACCUCUGGCCGCCCGUGGCCCCCAGGGUGGCCGUCCUCCAGCUCUGCGCCGGCGACAGCUGCCUCGUCCUGCAGCUCCUCCACGUCGGCGGCCGCGUCCCGCCCCUCGUCAGGGGCCUCCUCGCCAACCCGUCCGUCCGCUUCGUCGGCAUCGGCGUCGGCGAGGACGUCGCCAAGCUGGCCGACGGGUACGGCAUGUCGUGCGCGGCGCCGGUGGACCUGGAGGACAUCUGCAACCGCCGCCUCGGGACGACGAGGAGGCUGGGGCUCAAGGGCUACGUGAGGGAGCUGCUGGGGCUGACCAUGGAGAAGCCCAUGGACGUGACCAGGAGCGACUGGGAGAAGCCGGAGCUGGACGCGGCGCAGGUCCGCCACGCCUGCAUCGACGCCUACGUCUCCUACAAGCUGGGCGAGAGGGUCCUGAUCACCAACUAG